AUGGUUAAAAUAUGGUUUCAAAAUCGUCGAGCCAGAGAACGUCGCGAUUCUAUUGAAUUUAAUUCAAACAAUGCUAUAAAAUCUUUAAAAACAGAUAAUGAUUAUUUUACACAAUCUUAUCAUGAACAUGAUGAGUAUAUAAUACAAAACAGUUAUAAUUUAAGUUCCAUAGCAAUUGAUAACCAAAUUGAUUAUCAAUAUAAACACAAUAAUUCACUUUCAAAUUCCUGUAUAUCAUCUUUACCAUUUACUGCAUUCCAUCCAAACUUACAAAAAUCGGACUUCAUUUUCAAUUUUAUUCCGGAUGUUAAACAGCCAUUAAAUCAGACCAAUAACGAGCUAUUAAUCCCAGUAUCAAUCACGAAUGAUUUCGUGAAUAUAGAUAAACAAGAUGAACUAUUAACUGGCAUACCUAACAUAACUGCUAAUAAAGCCAUGCAACGUAACAAUAAUAGUAACGAUAAUAAUAAUGAUAAUAAUUAUUUCAUCAUACCUGUAACUCAUAAUUCGGAUGUAUAUUCAACUAUGUAA